GUUGGAAAGUAGGGGAUUAAUUUCCAAACAUCCAAACAGAUUUUGAGGUAGGUUGGAUUUGGCUUAUUUGCCCUUACGGGAUACUGGAAUGACAUUCUCGUUUGUAUCGUGUCCUCUCUCUCAAGCCCGAGACGCCAUUGACGACGACGACCUCUCCUCGAGGACUUGGCUCCGUGCUAUCAACCCCUGAGUGCGACCAGCUUCACCGAUCAGACAGGUAACAGGAUAUGUUCUUUUGGCUGAUGAGAAAGUAGAAAGAGAAGGAGGAAAGCUCAAGCCACAAUCGAUGAGGUCUUCUUCUGAUAAGAUCAAUAUCGCAGCAAGUGCUCAGAAACUCGAUGUCGAUCAUCGGAUCUCUCUCCGAAUCUACUAUCGGAUUGCUGAUAAUAUUCUCAGACAGGCUGACAUAUUUAGAAGUGAGAAGAAUAUCAUUGAUCUAUACGUCAUGCUUUUAAGGUUUUCAAGUUUAGUCUCAGAGACAAUACCACGUCAUCGAGAUUACGGAUCAUCUUUACCAAGCAAAAAGGUUUAUUUGAAAAAGAAAUUGCUGAACGCUUUGAGUGAGCUUGAGGAUUUGAAGCCAGUAGUGCAGCAGAAGAUCAAUGAAUUAGACAGAAAACACACACAACAAGCAAACGGGUUGGGCUAUCGGCACCAAAAUGAUUCAUUGGAAUGGCCUUAUGUCAAAAAGCAAAGCUAUAAUGUGACAAAGUCUGUGGGACCAGCUGCUCGAGAUUUGGCUUAUCAAGGUCCACGAACUCAACAAAUUCUGCUCUCUAGGCCAGUUGAUGAUCAACUUCGCAGACUAUCUCUAAACUUCGUACGUCCAACGGCGGAAACUCUUUCGAGACAUUCUAUUUUUGGUCCAAAUGGGCUUAGUGGUCAGUGGCAGCCACCCAAGAGUGAUGCAGUGGUUAGAUAUCCAAGCAGCAUAGACCUGAGUCCUAUUAAGAUCCCAAGCUUGGCACAUCCUUUAGAGAAUGGGCUUAAACUGAAAAAUGACAAUAGCAAUUCAGAAACUGACAGCUUACAGCAGUCCCUAGAUUGCGGAAUAUCAGUAGAGCAAGAUUGUACCAAAACAGAACCUGAAAGACCAUGUCUGGAAUCAAGCUUGAACCUUAAUAAUGAUGGUCAAGUGCAACAUGUUGAGGAACCUGCCAUGAUUACCUUCGAAACAGUGGAAACCCCAGUUCACACAAAUCUUAUCAGACAGCCCUCUCCUCCACCAAUACUUGCAGAGGUGCAAGAUUUAAUCCCUGCAAUGACUUCCCAAGUUACUGAAGCAGAAUAUAAAAUGGAGAAUCCUGUGGCAGAUGAGAUUCUUCGUGCUGAAGCUCCUCUACAACUUCACAUUUCAACCGUAUUAAUGGAGAACUUCAUGAAGCUGGCAAAGUCGAAUACUGAUAAGAAUUUAGAAACUUGUGGUAUCCUUGCGGGCUCACUUAAGAAUAGAAAAUUUUGUGUGACAGCUCUCAUUAUUCCAAAGCAAGAAUCCACAUCAGAUUCGUGUCAGGCGACAAAUGAAGAAGAAAUAUUCGAAGUGCAGGAUAAGAAAUCUCUUUUCCCGCUUGGUUGGAUACAUACGCACCCUACACAAUCUUGUUUCAUGUCGUCUAUAGAUGUUCAUACCCAUUACUCAUAUCAGAUUAUGUUGCCAGAAGCUGUCGCAAUUGUCAUGGCACCAAAAGAUAGUUCAAGAACGCAUGGCAUUUUUCGGUUGACAACACCAGGCGGCAUGUCAGUCAUUAGACAUUGUCAGCAACGUGGCUUUCAUCCACAUGACCAACCUCCAGAUGGGGGGCCUAUUUACAAGGCCGGUACAGAUGUGUAUAUGAAUCCCAACCUGAAAUUUGAUGUCAUUGAUCUUCGGUAAAACUCAACUGUUCAGUUUGGAUGGCUAAUGUUUUAUCGAUCCAAUUGUUCAUACAUGAUGCUUCAACAAUGAUUUGCUUCCCAUUGAGAGCUUAUUUGAGGAAGAUAAAAUUACCCCUGUAUAUGAACGAGAACUUUUUUGUUUUGUAUUGUAUGCUUUUCGGUUUUCACUAAUCGGUUGCCAAUCAUCUGUAGUGAAAAACCGUAUCUGCAGUAAAAAGCUUUGUUUUCUUGUGAUUCAUGUUGACAGAAGAGACUUCUUGUCCGUCACAGGAUCUGAAAUAUUUUCAUGGUUUUCCCUUAAUCAGUUGGACUCUUCGACU